GAAUUAGAGAUGAACAGGUUUCUAAAAUGUGUGUAUUUAGGUCAUCCUGGCUUGGGGUGCUGGGAGAGGUUGGCUUAGGUCUGAAAAUAUUGGAGCCCAAAAAGACCUUCCAGAUCAGUGUUUCUCAACCUUGGCAAUUUUAAAUAUUGCCAUCUAGAAGGGCUUAGGCAGCAUACCUUCUCAGUAGUGGCCUCUAUGCUUUGGAACAAAAGCCAGCAAUUUUCUCAACCGUGGCAAUUUGAAGCUGUGUGGACUUCAACUCCCAGAAUUCCCCAGACAGCCAACAGUUAUAAGGGAUCACUUAUAACUUCCAAAUUUGAAAACCCAUUUAAAAAUUGGCAAGUACCGAGGAUUGAACUCUGCUUGAUAAUGUGUGAUCUAAAAAGCCAGCUUGUACAAUUUUAGCCUUGGAGAAUAGAAGUAGGCAAGAAAAAUACUCAGCUGCUCAAAUCAGGGUGGUCUAUUUCCCCCAAAUUACCAUUUUAAAACUGUUAUUAUUUUGACUCUUCUUUCGUCCCCCAUGACAGGAGCAAGUGGUUUUCUGGUGCUAAACUCAAAUGUUGGAUUUGGAGUGGCUAUGGAAGAAGAUUCUGGCAGCAUCAUUGUUCUAGAAGGUGAUGAGGAUGAAAGAAUGUACACAAGAGAGGAUCCCCAUUACUGUCCGAUGUACGGCAAAGGUUUUGGUGAUCCAUUGGGCCUCCUGGAUCACGAGAGGCCCAAGGCCACCGAGAAACGGUACAAGUGUGCUGACUGCGGGAAAGGCUUCAAGAAACGGUCGGCCCUCCUCACCCACGACCGGACCCACACGGGAGAAAAACCCUACAAAUGCUUGGAAUGCGGGAACAGCUUCAGUAACAAAUCCAGCCUGACCAGACACAAGAGGAAACACACUGGAGAAAAGCCGUUCGGUUGCUUAAACUGUGGGAAGCGUUUCAGCCAGAGCUCGAGUUUAAUCAGGCAUAUGAGGAAUCACACCGGCCUGAGGCCUUAUAUAUGCUCAGAUUGCGGCAAAAGCUUUAAGCAGAGCUCCAGUCUCCUGGUCCAUGGGAGAACCCAUACUGGAGAGACUCCGUAUAGUUGUUCCAUCUGCGGGAAACGCUUUUCCCAGAGCUCAAACCUUGUGAAACACGAAAGGAUCCACACUGGGGAAAAACCAUACCGAUGCUCGGACUGCGGGAACACCUUCAGUAACAAGUCCAGCCUUACUAGGCAUAGGAGAAACCACACGGGGCAGAAACCCUACAAAUGUUCCCAGUGUGGGAAAAAAUUCAAGCAAAGUUCAGGCCUUCUGAAGCACGAGAGAAUCCAUACGCGGCCCGGCUUCUCGAAUUAUUCUCAUCCUAGCUUGGAUCCGGAUUCCAAGCUACCUGUACCAGAGGUGGGUUGCAGCAGGUUCUGACCAGUUCUGGACAACCGGUAGUGGAAAUUUUGAGUAGAUCGGAGAACUGGUAGUAAAAAUUCUGACUGACCCUGCUCCCAUCUAUUCUCUGCCUCCCGAGUCCCAGCUGAUCGGGAGGAAAUGGGGAUUUUGCAGUAAUCUUCCCCUGGAUUGGGGAGGGAAUGGAGAUUUUACAGUAUCCUUCCCUUGCCACGCCCACCAAGCCAUUUCACACCCACAGAACCGGUAGUAAAAAAUUUUGAAACCCACCACUGGCCUGUACGUGAGAGAGACCACGUUGGAGAGACUGUAUAAAUUGCUUGCAUACUAUGAGCUAAGUUUUAUUUGGCGUCAGUAACAAGAGGAUGGGGUUCAAACAGAAUAGAGCUGUAUUUGAAUAGUAGCGGGGAAAGUAUUGGUGGAUAGAUAAAACAAACCCUGCCGAGUUUGUGACUGUGGCCUCAGCCAAACCCUCUUUUCCUGCAGCUUUGCAAACAGAACCCAAAGUGGAAGAAGUUUGAGAUGUGGUGAUGGAGUUUUCAGAGUUUGACCGUUUUUAUGCAUGAAAUGACAUCAUGGGUUUAAUAAUUUCAUGGAUCUUUCAUGGGGAAAGAGACAUCUUGAAGAGACACUUUAGUUGAUUAUUAAUCAAAAUGCCACAUUGUAUAAAGAAGGAAAAGAUUAAAGUCUGUCUCGAAACCUGCCCUACCUUUAAGUGACAAGGCAAACUCAGGUUGGAUGUUGUCGGCCUUCCUAGGUAGAUCAGACCAAGAAACAGACACUAUGUAGGCCUAACGCUACCUAGUAGUGUAAUAGUAUCUGUAAUAACAUGUACUAUGUUAUGUAUGAAUGUACUUCCCCAUCUCUUCUUUGUCUUCUAGAGAAUUUUUGGGGGUUGCCUAUCUGAGACAUUUUUGUAAACUUCUUUCUUUGGGCUUAAGCCACGUUUAUCUAUUUACAGGUAGUCCUCGACUUACGACCAUAAUUGAGCCCAACAUUUCUGUUGUUAAGUGAGACAUUUGUUAAGUUAAUUUUGCCCCCUUUUUUACGACC